CGACUCUCGGGUUCUCCUCUCUCUCUCUCUUAUCUGUCAGCCAUUCGUCUUGCCUGCUUCUUUCCUGCAUAUAUACCCUAGCCUGAUUGAUUGACACGCGAUUCCUAUCAUAAACUCUUAAAUCUAUAACUGUUCGAGAGUAUAGUCCGCUUCCUGCACACGCAUCUGCAUACCAUCUCACAUUCCGACGCAUCACGGACCGCGACCAAAAUGCCCCCCUCGUCAACGACGCAACGGCUCCUCCGCGAACUGAAGGAUUACACUAACUCGCCGAAUGAAGCGCUCUUGCAUCUCGGCCCAGUCGACGAGGAUGAUUUGCUUCAUUGGGAGGCUGUCCUGAAGGGCGUGAAAGGGACGCCGUAUGAAGGAGGCCUCUGGUCCCUAUCUAUCCACCUCCCACCGAACUACCCCCUCUCGCCGCCCAAAAUCACCUUCACGACGCGCAUCUCCCACCCCAACAUCUCCUUCACCACCGGCGAAAUCUGCCUGACCCUGUUGACCACCGAGCAUUGGAGUCCCGUCUACACCCUCUCGACCACCCUCACGGCCAUCCACCAGCUCUUGACGGACCCGCGCCCCGACUCGCCGCUUAACGUGGACGUCGCGGCACUGCUCCGCGAUGGGGACAUCCCGGCUUGGGAGAGCGUGGUGAGGUUCUGGACCGAGGAGGAACGGUGGACGGACACGAAGGCUUCGGGGAGUUUCGGGGUGCGGUGAGCAACACUGGCUAUGGUUAGAUUGAUGUUGAUUGGUGUUGGAUGGUCUAUGUUAUGAUACUAUAUUAUUUUAUGAGUGUUGGAUGAUGGAGGGAGGGGCCGAAUCUGCUGUGUUGUACCUAGUUGAUACCUAUUUUCCAUUGACUGGCAAUGAGAUAUGC